AUGCUAAUCAACUUUCUGUAUUCGAAAACCGAUGUUUCCGAAGCAUUGCUCGUGUCUGAUCGGAACAUCGGCUCGUCUUGGUUCUACCUGACUUUGCGCUAUUCAGUGGGUUCUCAGUCGGAUUCUGAGUUCGCGCUGUUCGAUUUGGAUUUCUAUUCCGAGUACUACAAUUGGCGUCGCGCAAUGGAAAUUCCUGCCAUUGAACAACUGAACUUCCACGGAAGCUCUUCGGAAAUCGAAAAUGCCACGGAGACGAAAGCUUGGCUCGAUAGCAUUGGAUAUCGACAUUUACGUACAGUCCGAAGACAUCCCUGCUCUAAUGAUCAAGCUGAGAAUCUUGUGAAAACAGUCAAGAGUGCACUGGCAUCCGCGAAUCCGAAAUCAAUUGCGGACUUGGAGGCGUUUCUGGACAACUUCCUACUGCAAUACCGAAACGCGACACAUGCCACUACCAAGGAAAGUUUAGCAAGGCUAUUUAAGUCACGGUACCUGAGGUCUUCCCUGAGAUGUAUGGAUUCUACUGGUGUGACAUAA